AUGGCUGUUGUGAACGAUGUCUCGCCGAUUAUUGCUUCCACGCUCAAAGAAGCAGGCUUGCCCUUCUCUCCAAGCGAUAUCGUCGGCCGAUUUGGUGUUGACUACGUAUGGCGAGCGAUGGAUCUGAUGAAGGAACGAGUGAGCGCACUUCCUGAGUUCGGUCCCCUGUGCGCCCCAUUCUUUAUGGAUCCUGACCUUAGUUCCUCCGUGGCAAGACACAUGGAGGCAGCCCACAUCGAUGAAUCAACGGCUGAUCUUGUAGCCGAAGUGCGGUCGAAUCUGCGCAACCUCUCUGAUGAAGAAUUUACACCGGAUUGUAUCACAAAGAGCAUCAAAGCUGUUGCAAACAGUCGGAAACUCGGGCUGAAAAAGGUGCUAAUGCCGAUUCGUUACUAUCUUACGGGCAUGGAUGUUGGUGCGGGACUGGGUGACACCAUUGAGCUGCUAGGCCGUGAAACGAUGCUUCGACGUCUGAAGCUCGAGUAA